GUCGUCAACCCCUGCACAGCAUCUUAUCCUGGAAAUUUUGCCAGGAUUCCAUGCGAGUCGCGUGUCCACAGCCUUUUGGGGUGUUCUGGCCCAUAACAGAAUCGAAAAAAAUUCAAAAAAUCUGUUAUUUUUUGAAACAAUUUUUAUAUUUUGAUAUUGUUUUGUAAUUUUUACGGUACUUAUCGGACCAUCGUGUCCGAAAUAAUUAUGGGUUUCAUUCAGGAUUAUUGAAUAAGGUUUUUCAAACAUCAUGCCUGUUAUCGAUAAGGCUGUGUCUACUGAAGAUCUAUGUUCUAAAGAGGUUCCUCCUGCUUUGGGCGUCCUACGUCUGGAAGCUAUCCUCAAUACCCUAGUAGAAAACAAAGUCGAAUCGUUAAAACUCGAAAAUGGAAAGACUUCGAGCCUGCAUUCGAGUCCUAAAAGUUUUUUGCAAAAACUAAAAUGCCAACCAACUGUUGUAACUGUAGAAAACGAGAAAAAAACAGAUCCGAAAAGAAAAGUCCGUAAAGAUAAAAAUCACGGGCACAAAGUGGUGUUGGAGAGUAGGCAGUUCAAAAGACAAAUGUUACGUCAAGAAACUUCUUCACCAGAUAGUCAAAUUCUUCAAUGCCCAACUGGUCAUCAAUAUAGAAGUUCUUCUUGCAUAGAAACCACGUGUCCAUCUCAUGUUUGUUAUUGUAAUCAAGGACCUGUGUCGAUGCAGGCAACAGAUGAUUACAUUUCAAUAAAAAUGGACGGUUAUGGUGAUAUUGAAACUGACGCUAUUAUCGCACAAGAGGAAUUGAGAAGAGCAAGAAGAAAACGACGCAGAAGAAGAAAACGAAGGCUAAAGAAACGUUUGGCUCUAAAUCCUCACCUCGUAGAUACUCUAGUGCACGAAAGUGAAUUCAAAUCCCUCAACGACGACGAAUUACCUCCUAGAGCAAAAUGGACAAUCGUAGCUACUGCCUGCCUGUUGUUUUUCAUGUGCCUGUUGUUAGUCGGUAUUACCUUGAGGAUGGCUCCUAUUAUAGAUGAAAUCGUUCGAGAGGAAAAUGAGAAAAUGAUCAACUCAAUUUCCAACCCUGCAAAUUUGUCAUUGUCGUCCGUCCAUAAUAAUGCUGGUUCGACAGAUAAACUUUAUGUCCUAAACGGUGUAACGUAGAUGCCGCCAAAAAGAAAACAACAAAACUAUCUACUAUUUUAACUUCUAAAAAAAUAUUUUUACAAAAUAACGCAGGGUUUAUAAGACUACUUAAAAAUGAAUGUUAUAAAUUGUUAACGUUCCCAAGAAAAAGAAAACUCUAAAUGAUUGUUGAUGUUUCGGUAUUUGAGGAUUUCUUGGUAUACCACUAUAAUUCUGCUCUAAUUAUAUUGAUUCAGUUGGUAUUAUGUACUUAAAAUACCAAAAACAUAAACAUAAAACAAAACUACUUAACAAAAACAAAGAAAUAUAUUCCUGAAAAAUGUAUUGGGUCCUGGGUAAAACUUAUAUAAGUUUAUAAUCCAAACUUACGUAACAAGGUGAACAUUUUUAAUAAAAGUAAAGGCAAUAACGCACAAAAACAAACUAAUUACUAAUUGUAAUAAUAUCUAUAUAAAUGUACUUACGUGAUCAAAAAUUCGUUUUUUGGUCUAUAUGUAUAUUUCCCAAAAAUGUGUCUCAUGUUUAAAAAUCUCUACAAUUAUUCCUAGUAUCCUAGAUUAGACAAUCAACCUUCUAUGGAUUAAAAUGGAAAUUCUUGCUCAAAUAUCAGACUCAAUUUUAAGAUCUAGACAUAAAAAAAUUCGAUUUUGAUUUUCCAAUAAAUUUGCCCCAACGAAUUGAGUUUAGAAUAAUUUUUAUAAUGUUUAUAGAUGUAAAUACUCCUUCCAAAUAAAUGUCUAAUAUGAUAAUAAUCAAUAAAUGUGAUGUUGCUGUUUUGUUAAUUAGGAAAUUAAUAUCUUAUUUUUGGUUUAAUGAUAGGUUUAAUAGGUACCUACCUCUACUUAUUGCAGACAAUCACACAUUUUUUGAAUCAAAAUUUCACUAAUAUGUACGUGGGUACCUACCAAUUGUUUUCACUCAAUGUUAUUAAAUGUAUCCUCAAAGGAUUUGACUGGAUUUAUCCUAUUCAAUAUGAUAUAAGUAGAUUUGUGUAAGUGAUUAAAGUGUAAUCAGAUGUUGUAUGAUGAAUUGUAUAAAAUAUGGUGUUGUAAUAAAGAUGUUUAUUAUUAUUAAAACCAAGUUUUUGAUUUUCUUGAAAAAAAACUACAUAAAAACAAUUUCAUUACAUACAAACAAUAAAUAUAUUAAAUAACAUUUAGAAAUUGAAAUUUCUGUAAGUAUUUUUGUAGGACCAUCACUUGCAGUGCCGGAAGUCUAAUAACGUAAAUAGUCAGUACACAAAACUGAUAAAUGUAUAAUUCAUUAUCAACGAUAUUUUCGAACAAUACAUGGUAUUGAGGCUUAUGUAAAAAUUAGGCUAGAAAUAUUCACCUAAAUGGAUAAUAUAGAUUGGCCAAAUUUGACUUAAUUUUAUAAAAAAUAUGUAUUGAAAAUAUACAAUAAUGGGUUAUAUAAAAUCUACAUCAUUUAUGUGUGGCUUUAUUGUAAUAAUACAACAACAUCGUAGUUCGUAGAUGAAGUUCGAGACAAAAAUCAAAUAAUCAAUCCAUUAUAAUAUUGUACCUAAAAACACUAAUUAUAAUUAUGUAAACAAUUAUUUUCUAGAGCAUGAUAUACUUGGUAGGUAUCUUGAUUUAACUACGACAUCAAAAUUUUAUAAAAAUAAAUUAAUAUUAAGUAUUAAAUUUAUAAACAUAGAUAAUAAUUCUUCCGUGGUACUUAACAUUUCUGUCAAAUUAAUUAAAUUGACAUUUAUUUCUUUAAAAAGUAACCGAAAUUAUUUCCAAUUAAACUAAUUCCUGUUAUCACCGAGCAUUUAAUUCAUAUACCCAUCUUUGUUUUUGUUCAUCAUCAAAUGAUACUGAUUUAUUUUCAAGUCCUUUUUCCAUAGUUUUUGCAUUUCUAUUUAGUCACUGUCAUCGUCGUUAUGUCCUCUAUUCAGUGGUCGCCUGCUUUCUUCAUCUGAACCAUAAAUUACAUCUUCGUCUGAGUCAUUUAUCAUUGAAAAUGCUG